UAGAUACCUCUACCUUCGACUGGGCAGCUCCUUAAAACGACAAGACAACAGCGAGAAAGCGAAUGCUAAAAUAUAUUAUAUAAUGGCUUCCCUGAGUUUCACUUCCUCGUCUUUCCGGCCACCGGAGUUAUCAUUUGGCAACGGAAAUUACGGGAACACCUUCAAGGUCCACCGCCGAAAGAAAUCCAUCUCAGUCCCGUUCGCUGCAAAUUCGCCAGAAGAAUCAUUGUCGGUUCCACCCGAAAAGCCUGAAAUCGAGCUCGAUUUCAUAGGGCCGAAGUCUGGGAACGACGGGUCGUAUCCGGUGGAGAAAGCCAAAGCUAUCAGUGGAGAGAAGCUGCUGAGGAACAUCAUGUUGGAUAACAAAAUCGAGCUUUACGCCACGUAUGGAAAAGUGAUGAAUUGUGGUGGUGGUGGAAGCUGUGGAACUUGCAUUGUGGAGAUUAUUGAUGGAAAGGAUCUUUUAAAUGAAAGAACAAAUACAGAGCUCCGGUAUCUGAAGAAGAAACCUGAAUCUUGGAGGCUUGCUUGUCAAACUAUUGUGGGAAAUAAGGAAAAUUCUGGCAAGGUAGUGGUUCAGAGGAUACCCCAGUGGAAGAAGUAAUAAAGAGCCGAGCCCCACUGCUAUUUUUGAAUGAAGCCAAUUAUUUAUUGCAGAAACGGAUGCAUUAUUAAGUUAAAAAUAUGCAAACACCCCAGACUGGUAGGUAAAAUAUUUAAAAUUCUUGGCAUGGCAUGCAGAAAUAGAUUUUGUAUUUCGUGCAGAUGUAACCAGUAUCUAUGCAUGCUGCUUUUUCUUAAAAGUAGUAAGUUUUUUUUGCUUUUCACCAUUCCAUCUGUUGUCCAAUAGAUGAUAAAUAAGGGAAUAAAUGAUUUUUCACCA